CAGUUAAAGAUAAUAUUUUUAAAUGAAUUCAGAAUGGCAAUAGAUGUUGAUGGAAGAUUUGAAUGCCAAAUUGCUUUAACGUGCUGAGUUAAUAGGACAUUAUGAAGAACUUGAAGAAUUACUCGAAUUUCAUAAAACUAAUAGCACUUUCGAAUAUAGUUUUGCUAUCAAAAUUGAAUAGUUGGAUAAAGAAAUAUAAAGCAAUUUUAGUUCAGAUCAAAAGAUUAAGAGUCUAAUAAAAGAAAGAGAGAAACUCUAUCAAGAAUUAACUAAAAGAAUUGAAGAACAGACUCUAUAAGUUUUUGAAUAAUAUAUGGCUAAUUGGAGUAAUUGUAUUGGUUAAAUUAAGUCAGUGAUUUUAAAGGAUUUAGAGUAAUUCAUGGAGAAGAGAAGUAUCAAUAAUUAUUGCUCGAAUAAUAGAAGCAAAUAAAUGGAAUGAUCUACACAUAAUACAAUAAAAAGAUAUAAGGGAUUACAGAAAUUUAUAAACAAUUCAAUUAGAUAGACCAAGCCAUUUAAUACAAUAUAUCAUAUGUGGAUAAUGAUCUGUAGAAUUAAUUGAAUCAGUAAUAAAAUAAGACAAAUUAAUCGAUGAUUCAAAAGAAAGAUGACACUCUUCAAUUAUCUUAAAUGUAUAUAAAUUUAUUAUUAAAAGAAUCCAAUAAAUGGAGUUCUCUAAAUAACUAGUUAAUUAGUAAUAAGAUGACUCUUUAAUAUAACACAUGGAUGAAUUCAAUAAUAUAAUGACUAAAUAAUCUCAUCCAAUUAAACUAUAAACCAUAUAUGAAGAAUAAUAACAAAAUAAUAAUUGUCAAAUAAGAUAGCAUCAUCAUAGUAAAACUAUAUUUAGUCAUAAACACUCAACUGCUUAAACUAGUCCUUAAUUGUCAAAAUCUUAUUUUGUUAAGGAGAAUCCGUUAAAGAAAUCGUUAACAAAAGGUACCUUGUUACUCAAGAAAUUCUCAAAUAAACCAUCUAAAAGAGAAUUUGAUGUAUUUCUACAUUAAAACCCUACAUAAUUGGGUUAUGGUUUAAGAAUGGCAUAAUUAACAUAAGAUAGAAUAGAAUUUAGAAAUCAAUUAAAACCGUAGAUAAUUGAUUCUUCAUUACCACUGUCUCAAAUCUUAAGAGUGAUCAUUCCUAAAUAAAUACAGGGAUAUCUUAAGAGGAGACCAAGUAAAAUAUAAGAGAAAGAAAACAAUGUUCCUACUCUCUCAUAUUGGCCUAUGUAAAUAUUAACUUUCAAUCAUGGUUAAAUAGAUUUACUGUUCCAUUCUUAAGAUCAUAUGAUGGAUUGGUAUAAUGGUUUAGUGAAUGUAAAAAAUAUUAAUUAAUGA